GGGUUAGCGAUAGGGUGAACACUCCAGUCUGUCCCCUCCCUUCUCAAACCCUAGAUUUUAAGUAGGAAAACCCCUAAUUUCUCCGCCAUGGCCAAGAAGCGAAAGCUGCGAUCUUCUGACCCCGAGCCCACCAAAGCCCCCGAAGCCGAACCGCAAGAAGGACAGUCACAAGAGGUACCUGUACCAGUUGAAGAGGAACAACUCCAGCCCAAGCCAGAGCCAAACCAGGAUGGACACGCUCCCCAGGAGCAACAAGAGGACAUGGCUGUUGAUGAUUCCAAAGAAGAGGAACAUGAGGAGCCCUGGGAACAUGAACAACAAGAAGUACGAGUUAAAGAUGAGGUAGGAGAGCAAGAAGAGCACGAAAACCUAGAUGCCUCCAAAGAAGCCCAACCCGUAACAGAAAAUGGAACCGAGGUAAAGGAAGAAGAGGAGGAGGAGGAGGAGGAGGAGGAGGAAGUUGAGGAGGAAGAAGAAGAAGACGAUGACGAGGAACCCGUGGAGAACCUUCUGGAGCCCUUCUCGAAGGAACAACUUCUAACCCUCGUCAAAAAGGCAGUGAACAAGCAUCCGGACUUGAUCGAAAGUGUGCGCGAGCUGGCUGACGCCGAUCCGGCCCACCGCAAGAUCUUUGUCCACGGACUCGGCUGGGACACCACGGCCGAAAACCUAAUCUCCGUCUUUGGUAGGUACGGUGAGAUCGAGGAUUGCAAGGCCGUAACAGACCGCGUCUCCGGCAAAUCCAAGGGCUACGCAUUUAUCCUUUUCAAGCACCGCAGCGGGGCCCGCAAGGCCCUCCGACAGCCUCAGAAGCAGAUUGGCAAUCGCACCACCUCAUGCCAACUGGCCUCCUCCGGACCCGUCCCAGCCCCACCGCCUGUGACCCCUCCGGUCUCGGAGUACACCCAGCGGAAGAUUUUUGUGAGCAAUGUAUCGGCCGAGGUCGAUCCUAAUAAGCUACUGGAAUUCUUUAGGCAAUAUGGGGAGAUUGAGGACGGUCCAUUGGGGCUCGAUAAGCAGACUGGGAAGCCUAAGGGUUUUGCGCUUUUCGUGUACAAGAACACAGAUAGUGCGAAGAAGGCUUUGGAAGAGCCGCACAAGACCUUUGAGGGGCUUACUUUGCAUUGUCAGAAGGCUAUUGAUGGUCCAAAGCCAAAGCAUUAUCACCAACAAGCACCCUUUCCUCAUCAUCACCAAUCGCAUUACCAUUCGAGAAAGGAGAAGAAUAAGUAUUCCGCGCCCGGGGGGAGUGGGCCUGGCCAUGGACAUUUGAUGGCACCGUCAGGCCCCGCGGUAGGCUUCAAUCCGACACAGGGUCUGAACCCGGUGCUUGGUCAGGCCUUGACUACAUUGCUUGCCACCCAGGGAGCUGGUUUGGGGCUUGGUAAUCUGCUUGGUGGUCUCGGUGGCGCCCCUGUGAACCAGGCAGGACCACCGGCAGGAUAUGGGAAUCAGCCUGGAGGGAGCUAUGGGAACCAGCCGCUGAUGCAGGGUGGAUAUCAGAACCCACAACUGGGCCAGAGCGGUGCUGUUAGACCUCAUCCAGGCAGCGGUCCACCAUACAUGGGUCAUUAGGUGAGUGUCAGGGUAAGGAUGGAAUGUGCUAUAGCUUCUCUUCUGCAAGAUCCCCUCCUAGAUGCAUCAAAUAUUUAGUUUUGGACUCUGGUGAUUCUUCUGAAGUUCAAGGCACUCUUGCAAACGACGUCUUUAAAUUUGUGCUGAAAAGUUAUUAUUUGCCUACUAUAAAGACCAGAAUCUCAAACUUGUAUUUUCUUUCAAUUUUAGUACUUUCCACCACUUCACGUAUUUUCAAAAAAAAUGUAGUACGAUUGGUUCCGAUAUCUUCUUAAAAAGUGUUGGGAUACUGGCAUAACUUUGAGGCAGAGAA